ACCGGUUCGGCUGAGGCGUGCACAGGUGGCCUGCGCUUGCGGAGGCGAGGCGGAGCGGAGGGGCAGCCGCUUCGCCUUGCCCAGUUCGGCCGGCCAUGGAGCUUGGCCUGGGAGGAAGAGAAGGAGGAGGAAGGAGGGCAGCAGCAGCGGGAGGGGAGGCGGAGGAGGCGGCGGCAGCCCCAGCAGCCGUCAUCCAAGAGGGCUGGUUCCGCGAGACGUGCAGCCUCUGGCCCGGGCAGGCCCUCUCUCUGCAAGUCCAGGAGGUCCUGCAUCACCAGCGGUCGCCCUUCCAGGAGAUCCUGGUCUUCAGGAGGUAAGGGUGCGGGAGAAAGGCCAGGAUGCGGGGAUUGAGCACGUGAGGAUGGCGUGCACGGGUGCGCUGUCCCGAUCCUGUCAAAAGCACAGGGCGGGGCUGCCCUUUGGUGGCGUUCAUACAGCCCACCUUUUUGUCUAAGGAGUCUUCCCAUCCAAGCACCCCCAGAAAAAGAUCUCAUUGUUUGACUCCCUGUAACAACCCCACGAGCUCACCCCAUUGAGCUUUUGUGGCCAAGUGGGGCAUUUGAACCUGGGUCUCAGUGGGACACCCUCCACCUGUGUUUCUCAAACUCUGGUCUGCAGCUGUUGUUGGACUGCAACUGCCAUCAUCCCUCAUCACUGGUCCUGCCACAGUAAGGAUGACGGGAGUUGUAGAUGGAGACCCAAGUUUGAGAAACGCUGCCCUAAGCGCUGCCUCUCUCUCAAGGUGACUCCUUCCUGGCUGGUGGCAGCAGGUGCUGCCUUGGAAUUUGACAACUGGUCCAUCUAGGUCAGCGUUACCUGCACUGACUGGCAGCGGCACUGUUGGGAUUCAGAGGCAGGAGUCUUGCCCAGCCCUACUUGGAAAUGCAGGGGGUUGAACUUUGGGCCCUUUGUAUGCAAGGCAGGUUCUAUUGGGCUCUAGCCAGCUGUUAGGGAUGAUGGGAUCUAUAGUUCAACAUCUGGAGGGCUAUAUUUUCAUCUGCCUCUGAUUUUGUUUAAAAAAAGGCAGAGUUAUUUUGGGGGUAGCUAGGGGCAGUGAAGGCGAGUGGCAAUCUGGUUCAGGAACAGGGACCCUUUGCAUCCCUAUACGUUGUUCAAGUUCUCAGAAGCCCCAGACAGCAGCCCCUGUCCUUGCCUUAAAGGUAGCUUAGGGGCAGUGAAGGCAAGUGAUGGUCAGAUUUAUGAUGGAGGUAACUUGGGACAGGAAAGGCAAGUGAUGGCCUAGUUCAGGAACAGGGACCCUUUGCGCCUCUAUAGGUUGUUAGAUUCCCAGUUCUCACCAGCCUCAGCCAGCAUGGCCAGAGGUCCCUGUCCUUGCAUUAACGGCAGCUUAGGGACAGUGAAGGCAACUGAUGGCCUACUUCAGGGAUGCAGAAAUUGUGGCAAUCCAGGUAUUGUCCCUGGAGCUCUGCAACGUUGGUGUUCAGGGACUUAAAGGGGCAUAUUUUGGAGACCGUACACCUUUGCCCUGCUAUUCACACCCAUCAUUUCCCCUGCUCUCUUCUUCCUCUAGCAAAACGUACGGGAACGUCUUGGUCCUUGAUGGCGUUAUCCAGUGCACAGAGAGGGAUGAGUUUUCGUACCAGGAAAUGAUUGCUAAUCUUCCCUUGUGCAGUCACCCAAACCCACAGAAGGUAAGCCUCGUCCUGUCGUCCUCCUGGGGGAUCCAUCUCUGGACAUGAUCCUAUGAAGAACUUUGCUGGAUUAGGUCCUCUAGGCCAGCACCUUCCCCCUUUUUUGUUACCUGCAUAUUUUGCCACAUUUGAUUCUUUGGGCUGUCUCCAACUAAGUCCUACUGGAGAGCAGACCUGCUGAAAUUAAUGGGCCCAAUUUAGUCACGUCCAUUGACUUCAGUGAGUCUGCUGUGUAUAGGGCUAGCACUGGAUCCAACCCUUUGUUAAUUUUUGUUGGCCGGCCAUUAGCUUUUAGGGUUACAUGUAAAUGUAAAAGGUAAAGGACCCCUGGACGGUUAAGCCCAGUCAAAGGCGACUAUGGGGUUGCGGUGCUCAUCUCGCUUUCAGGCUAAGGGAGCCGGCGUUUGUCUACAGACAGCUUUCCCAGUCAUGUGGCCAGCAGGACUAAACCGCUUUUGGUGCAACGGAACACCGUGACGGAAACCAGAGCGCACAGAAACGCCAUUUACCUUCCCGCCAGACUGGUACCUAUUUACCUACUUGCACUGGCGUGCUUUCGAAAUGCUAAGUUGGCAGGAGCUGGGACAGAGCAACAGGAGCUCACCCCAUUACGGGGAUUUGAACCGCCGACCUCCUGAUCGGCAAGCCCAAGAGGCUCAGUGGUUUAGACCACAGUGCCUCCCGUGUCCUAUGGUUACAUAUAUUCAUAGUUCAACUGUAAGUUGCUUUGGGUCAUUCUUUGAGAGUGGGUGGUAGGUAAUCUAACUUAAGAACUAAAGAAGUAGAAUAUUGUAAAGUACAGAAAGAGGUGAGGGCAGGUUUCAUUGCUUAGAUUAAUGACCAUAUAACUUGACAGAAGGGAAGGUUGCAGUUGGUCAGGGGUGGGGAUCCUAGAUUCAUAGAAUUGUAGAGUUGGAAGGGACCCUGAAGAUCAUCUGCUCCAACCCCCUGCAAUGCAGGAAUCUCAACUAAAGAAUCUCUGACCACACACCCUCUCUGCUUUGCACCCUCCUUCCAUGUUUUUGCCUAGCUGGAAUAUGUCCUUGUCCUUGGACCGUGACUAUGCUUGCUUGUUUGAAUGGAGGGCAGAGAGGGGUGUGUGAGUGGAGUGGGGAAACUAGCAUACUGUCCAAAGGUAAAAUUCGCAUUCGUUGCUCCACCCACUUUUGCUUCUGGCCCCGCCCACCACUGGCACGUGGCCCCCGAAAGGGAACACGGCCCUCGUCUAGGGGGGUGAAUGGGUGGGCGUUCUCAGAGCAAAGUAACAGUGCCGUCUCCACUACACAGGUGCUCAUCAUCGGGGGCGGCGAUGGAGGAGUCUUGCGGGAAGUGGUCAAGCACCCCUCCGUGGAGUCCGUAAUACAGUGCGAAAUUGACGAGGUAACAAAGUUAGUUCUGCUUAUGGAUCGUUGCCUGUCAAAUGGGAUUCCCUCAAACUGUGAUCCUCAGCCUGCAGUCCACGACAUGAAAUUUAAAAUUGCACGGCAUCUCCCACGACACAUUUAUGAUUGCUACAACAAGGGGGUCUGUUUGGUUGACCAGUAAAUUGGUGGCCAGUGGUCCGCCAAGACCCCUGGCAGUUUCCAAGAGGUCCUCCGGCAGCGGGGUGGGGUGAUGGGAAACCAGUAACAGAAAAUUUAGAAGGAUUUGACCUCAAGAGCUCACAAUGGGUGAGAGCCAAGGUUAGGUUUGAUAGAAUUGUAGCAUUGGAAGGGACCCUGACGGUCAUCUAGUCCAACCCUCUGCAAUGCAGGAAUCACUGCUAGAGCAUCCAUGACAGAUGGCCACCCAACCUCUGCUUGAAAACCUCCAAGGAAGGGGGAGAGUCCACCACCUUCCCAUGGAGCCAGUAGACCCGUUGAAAUAAAUAAAUGAAGAUGACUAACUUUGGUUCAUAAAUUUCAAUUGGCCUAGGGCUUCGCUGGCUGCAAGCCAAAGUUUCUGUGUUAGUAGCCUAAUUUCUUUCCUCUUGCCCAAGCUCUGAGGGCGUUGGCUGUCGUUGCCUGGUACAUUUCGGAGCUCUUUGACAGGAUAAAAGCAAUUAUCAACCUAUCCUUUCCCCGGGGCUAUGAUUUCUUAACCGCCUUCCUUAUUAAAGACCUACUUCCUUGUCCUCUAGUUGUGAAAAAUUAUAGACUUGUAGGACUGAAGGAAACUAUGCAGCUUAUCUUGUCAAACGACCUGCAGGGCAGGAAUCUUUUUGCCCAGCGUGGGGCUCAAGCCCUCAACCCUGAGAUUUAAGAGUCUCAUUCAUGCUCUACCGGCUGAACUCAAGGGGGGCGGGUACCACCUCCUCCUCCACCCAACCUUGGAAGGUUUUUUGGGUUUUUUUGCAAGAUGAGGCAGAGAGAGAAAAAUGCAUUUUGCAUCAUGCCAGGGCAAAGUCGGCAGGAAUCCAAAUUGGGGGUGGGGGUGGCAGGUUUGCACAGGUAGCAGCUGCAACAAAAUGCUGCAGUACAAAUCAGAAAUUAAGGUCACAAUGGAUAUGGUUUGAAGAAUAUAUGAGCAAACACUUCUCCGAAGAUAGCAUGCUGAUAUGUUUAGACUAAGUUGUAAAGUUGACCUAGAAAAAAAUAACAGUUUAAUAAGAGAAGGAAGGUAGAGAUACAUGAAUUGCAAUGCAAAUAAGAACUUUAAAGUAAUAAAGAUGACGAGCACUGGCGGAGGGAAGUCACAUGGGUGUUUACCUAUUUUAUGUAUUUUUCUUUUUCCUUUACCUUUUCUUUUUUUGUCUGUAAGUGUAUGUACAUUAUUGUUAUGUAUGUAUGUAUGUAUGUAUGUACAGUGGUACCUCGGGUUACAUACGCUUCAGGUUACAGACUCUGCUAACCCAGAAAUAGUACCUCGGGUUAAGAACUUUGCUUCAGGAUGAGAACAGACAUCGCGCGGUGGCGGCAGCAGGAGGCCCCAUUAGCUAAAGUGGUACCUCAGGUUAAGAACAGUUUCAGGUUAAGAACAGACCUGAAGAACGAAUUAAGUUCUUAACCCGAGGUACCACUGUAUGUAUGUCUAAAUCAGUGUUCCCCAACCUUGGGCCUCCAGCUGUUUUUGGACUACAAUUCCCAUCAUCCUUGACCACUGGUCUUGCUAGCGAGGGAUGAUGGGAGUUGUAGUCCAAAAACAGCUGGAGGCCCAAGGUUGGGGAACACUGGUCUAAAUAAUAAUAAUAAAAAUGCUGCAGUACUGCUUUUCAGUCCCUAACAGGAGCGUUUGUGUUCAGAGUUCCUCCAAAAAUGCAAAGCAGGCCAGCGGAGCCUUUCCUCCCCAUCCCAGGUCUGGUUACUUCUACAGCCGACAUUCCUUGGAGAUGCAAGGCACCUUGCCUCAAUGGGAGGAGAUAAGCUGAACCACUUUCAUUUGGGAUUUCUUUAAAUCCCCAAACUUCUCUACGUGCUUCUGAAUUCUCCCCAGCAGCCCCAAAACCUUCCUCUCUGUUCCCCAUGGUCCUGAUUUGGCUCUCCGAUCCGAAUAGGGGUCUCCUAAAAACUCUCUGCACCUUUCACAAACUACAGUUCCCAGGAUGCUUUGGGAGAAGCCAUGACUAUUUAAAGUGGUAUGAUGCGGCCUAGAAUGUAUCGUGUGGACAGGACCCAAGUGUGGUUUCCAGUGAUUGAUUUAUUCCAGUGGUUUUAGUGAUUUAUUACUGUUAUUUAUUUAAAGCAAUUUCCCUGCCUAAAAUCCUGUUCUUCAUCCAACCCAAGCUCAUGGAAUCUCAGCUUGGAGUCUUAGCACAAAAGGAAAAGGGGAUAGGGAAGGGGGUGGAAGAAAGCAAACUCGGGCGCGUUUAUUAAUUUAUGAUACUUGCUUUUGUUCAUUUUUCUUACUGUACACCUAUGACUUGAUGGGAGGUUUGCCAUCUACCGUAUUUUUCGCUCUAUAAGACGCACUUUGCCUCUCCUAAAAAGUAAGGGGAAAUGUGUGUGAGUCUUAUGGAGCGAAUGCAGGCUGCGCAGCUUUCGCUGAAGCCAGGAGAGCAAGAGGGAUCGAUCCCUCUUGCUCUCCUGGCUUCAGGGAUAGCUGCCCGAAGCUUCCUAAGCGCAGCAGAGUGCUCCUCCCACUGAAGAGGCACAGUGCAGAGAGAGGGAAAGCUGCGCAGCGCCCCUUCAGCGAAGCGGGAGGAAAAACUUUGCUGCGGAGAGGCGCUGAGCAGAGAGGGAGAGAACAUUUUUUGUCUUGUUCUCCUUUAAAACUAGGUGCGUCUUAUGGUCUUACAGAUCAAAAAAUACGGUAAAUGUGUGGUUUAUCAAUUGGGCGAGUAAAUAGAAAAAACUUUUUCUUUUUCUUUUUCUUUUUUUUUUGGGGGGGGGGCAGGAUGUGAUCCAGGCAUCUAAGAAGUACCUCCCAGGGAUGGCCGUGGGAUAUUCCAGCCCGAAACUCACCUUGCAUGUUGGGGACGGCUUUGAAUUCAUGAAGCAGAACCAGGAGGCUUUUGAUGUGAUAAUCACAGACUCUUCCGACCCCAUGGGUGAGUGCAGAUUGGCGGAGGGGAUCUUGACCAGCGACUGUGAUUGGAUCGUGAAUCUUGUGUACCUGCUGGGGCUCUUGGGGUUGACCUGGAGGCUGCAGCUUGUACAGAUCGCACACCUAGGUGGCUUGUGGGGGCAAACAACUUCUGGGAUUAGCACCAUCAGCCAGUCCACUUCCAGGUCAGUUUCAAGGUGUUGGAAGUCCUUAUACAGCUCAGGAGCAGGUGACAUGAGAGACCGCCUUAUGCACCCAGCAAAUCACUGCAGUCUGCGGGAAAGCUUUCUCUGCCAGUUCCAAAAAUCCCUGAAUCCUUCGUGGGAACUCCUAGUCAACACGAUGACCAUAUACAUACGUAAUAGACAAUCUUUAUAGAAUUUCUACAAACCAUAACAAGUUCAAAAUGAAAUAUUUAGUUUCAAAGUCUCUGAAAGAUUGUCUAUUACGUAUGUAUAUAUGGUCAUCGUGUUGCCUAGACAUUGUUGACGUUCUCUUUGCAACACGGGUUUGUUUGGAUACUUGUGGGAACUGCCCCUGUCGCUGCCCCUGUUAUCUUUCAUGUGGUUUUUGUUUUUUUGGCAAUAUUAAGCAAUACAGUGGUACCUCAGGUUACAUACACUUCAGGUUACAUACGCUUCAGGUUACAGACUCCGCUAACCCAGAAAUAAUACCUCGGGUUAAGAACUUUGCUUCAGGAUGAGAACAGAAAUUGUGCUCCGGCGGCGUGGCAGCAGCAGGAGGCCCCAUUAGUUGAAGUGCUGCUUCAGGUUAAGAACAGUUUCAGGUUAAGAACGGACCUCCAGAACGAAUUAAGUACGUAACCAGAGGUACCACUGUAUGUAAAUGCUUUUGGCUCAAAAGAAAAAGAGAAGAGGAGAAGCAAAUUCAGACACUCUGAUUAAAGGUAAAGGCAAAGGGACCCCUGACCGUUAGGUCCAGUCGCGGACGACUCUGGGGCACUCAUCUCGCUUUACUGGCCAAGGGAGCCGAAGUUUGUCUGCAGACAGUUUUUCUGGGUCAUGUGGCCAGCAUGACUAAGCCGCUUCUGGUGAACCAGAGCAGCGCACGGAAAUGCCGUUUACAUUCCCGCCGGAGCGGUACCUAUUGAUCUACCUGCACAUUGACGUGCUUUCGAACUGCUAGGUGGCAUUAGCGUCGGAUAAAUGCUCUUUUUCUUUGUUAGGUGGGAGGUUUGCCCUCAAAGCUGUGGCUUGCAGAUUGGGUGAAUAAAUGGAUGGGUGCAGUUUUGCAGGGUGUGAUCCGAGCGAUCCCAGAAACACCUCCCAGGUAUUUUCAUACUGAACCCUCCCUGGUGCUGUUCCUUCCCCUCCAGGUCCUGCAGAAAGCCUCUUCAAAGAAUCCUACUACCAGCUGAUGAAGACAGCUCUGCGGGAAGACGGCAUUCUCUGCUGCCAAGGUGAGGGACAGCCGAAAUAGCCUGUGUGCUGAUGACCAGUUGGAGGCACUGAGCGCAUUUCUGAAGUGUUGGGUUUCCCCCCACGCCUCCUUUUUUUCUUAAAAAAAAAGCAGGGAUGGAAAGUCUGGUGCCCCCUAGAUCAGGGGUCCCCCUACUCAGGUCCAUGAGCUUCAUUCAGGUGGUCCGCAGCACGCCCACAGUAAAUACUCGUAUUGGGUUUUAAUUGUGUUUGUAUUUCUUCCUGUAUUUUUUUCAUUCUAUUGCAGUUCAAACUAACGCAGCCAUUUUAAUAAGUAAUGGGGGGAAUUUAUAAUUUAUCUUAAAAACCAUUGUAUACAGUUAAAAUCAUUAGUAGGGUUGGAAUAACAUUUGUAGUUUAAUGGUGAAUUUUGGACACAACGGAGAGGUAAAAGAUUUGAAUUGCUGUAAAAGAUGCAGGAGGAAAUGAUUAACAGCAGGACCCACAAAGGGGAGAUUCUUUGGAAUCUUGUUUCUAUGUUGUAUGUUGGAUAUGGGACUGUAAAUCUGAAAACCAACCAAAUACAUACAUACAUACAUACGGAACAAAAAUGCAAUAUGUAAGAAAUGAAGCAAGGUAUAAAAGUACAAAUUGAAAUACCUUGCUGCAUUUAACACAGCGUAUCAGGGUUGCUGCAACAGCCCAAAAAAUAAUGUAGGGCCUUCUCAGUGGUGGCACACGUGCAGUGGAAUGCCUUUUCAGGUUUCUGGGUGGUCCAGCUCAGAUCUAGUUCUUUGGAAGCCUGCCCCCUAGUGCCUGGGAGGUGGAAGGGCCGCAGAUUCUUGGCUAACCAAAUACCAGCUCUUCUUUCCCCCAGCUACCCAGGAAGGCUUUGAUAACGCCCCUCUCCACAUUUGUCUCUCUGCCAGGCGAAUGCCAGUGGCUGCACCUGGACCUCAUUAAGGAGAUGCGCCAGUUCUGCAAGUCGCUGUUCCCCGUGGUCGAGUACGCCUACUGCACCAUCCCGACCUACCCCAGCGGACAGAUCGGCUUCAUGCUCUGCAGCAAGAAUUCAGUAAGGGAUAUUGUCUGCCGCCUCUUUCCGUCGAUCGGGGCUUGGGGAGCAGAGGCUUGCAUGCCGAAGCAAGCCCUAUGCAGAGCAUUGAAACUUAAGGGCGUGAAUCAGCCCGGUCCAUUAACAUCACUGGGCCCGCUCUAAGUACAGUGGUACCUUGGUUCUCAAACUUAAUCCAUUCCGGAAGUCCGUUCCAAAACCAAAGCAUUCCAAAACCAAGGUGUGCUUUCCCAUAGAAAGUAAUGCAAAACAGAUUACUGUAUUUUUCGCCCUAUAGGACGCACUUUUUCCCCUCCAAAAAUGAAGGGGAAAUGUGUGUGCGUCCUAUGGGGUGAAUGCAGGCUUUCGCUGAAGCCUGGAGAGCGAGAGGGGUCGGUGCGCACCAACCCCUCUCGCUCUCCAGGCUUCAGGAAGCUAUCCGCAAGCCUGGAGAGCCAGCGGGAGUUCCCCCCAGGCUUGCGGAUAACAGCCUGUUCUGGGGGCUGGGGUCGGGGGAAGCUCGGGCUUCCCCCGCCCCAGCCCUGCGCCUGGGGGAGAAAUAAUUUUUUCCUCCUUUAUUUCCCCCCCCCCAAAAAAAACUAGGUGCACCCUAUGGGCCUGUGCGCCCUAUAGGGCGAAAAAUACGGUAAUCUGUUCCAGACUUUUAAAAGCAACCCCUAAAACAGCAAUUUAACAUGACUUUUACUAUCUGACGAGACCAUCGAUCCAUAAAAUGAAAGCAAUAAACAAUGUACUGCAGACACAAUCAAUUAAUAGCUGAACUGGGUUCCACACAGUCACAAAAACGAAACAAAAAGAGCCGCAAAAACAAAAACACAAAAUGAAUAGCAAAAACAGGCAGACCACAGCAUAACACUCAAAACGGAAGUGUGGCACUUAAAUUGGAAGCGUAACACUCAAAACGGAGCACGUUCGGCUUCCGAAAAAUGUUCGCAAACUGGAACACUUACUUCCGGGUUUGCAGCUAUUGGUUCCAAGUUGUUUGAGUACCAAGGCGUUUGAGAACCAAGGUACCACUGUAAAUUUGGGUUGUGUGCAGCCCCCAAGGGACUUCUGUCUGGCUGUUGUGACUCUCUCCAUUCCACACCUCUUUCUUGUGCCACUGCCUCUCGGCCUCUCCUACCUCACAGGGUUGUUGUGAAGGGGGCGGAGGAGAUGCAUGUACGCCGCCUUGAGCUCCUUGGGCUAUAUAAACGCAAUAAAUAAGGAUAAAACGGGGAGAUGGAGAACCUUGAACUCCUUUGGCAAGAAAGAGUAGGGUGGGUGCAAUACAGGCAACACGCCAUUGAUGCGGGGAUUACGAUACUUAUUCAUCAGUAAGACCCCCCCCAUUUCUGCCCCCUUGUGGACGCAGACAGGGAUGUUCCUGCAAAUAAAUCCAAUUUUUAUUCUUCCUGCAGAACACUAAUUUCAGGGACCCUGUCCAACAGUUGUCCCAGAAGGAAGUGGAAGCAAUGAAUCUUAAGUAUUACAACUCGGAUGUCCACAGGGCAGCCUUUGUCCUGCCUGAAUUUGCACGAAAGGUAAACCACCGGGGCUGAAAUGCUGUCCUUGCAGAGUGAAGCUUUCUUUUCCUAAGCUGGGAUGGGGGGAAAGCAACAGGUAUUCGGAAGGAUUGCUGUCUCCAUUUCUUCAAGAAAAGCCACAAUCACACCAUACAUUUAAAUAUGUUGUUUAGUCAUGUCCGACUCUUCGUGACCCCAUGGACCAGAGCACGCCAGGCACUUCUGUCUUCCACUGCCUCCCGCAGUUUGGUCAAACUCAUGUUCGUAGCUUCGAGAACACUGUCCAACCACCUCGUCUUCUGUCAUCCCCUUCUCCUUCUGACAUUUAAAUUAUUACCGUUAAUAAUGAUACUAAUUGUCAUUCACCCAAGGUCUCAGGGCGGAUUCCAACAUUAAAACACAAUAUUAGAAACAGUUUUAAGACUACUUGCCAUCACAGAAAGAAGGCAAGACCUAAAAAUUACUGCACUGUGAUACCACUUUUAAGUAGUCACAUUUUCCCACCCCCACCCCAAAGCAUUCUGGGAUCUGUAGUUCGUUAAGGAUUCUGAGAGUUGUUAGGAGACCGCUAUUCCCCUCCCAGGAACACAGGUGGCGCUGUGGGUUAAACCACAGAGCCUAGGACUUGCCGAUCAGAAGGUCGGCGGUUCGAAUCCCCGUGACAGGGUGAGCUCCUGUUGCUCGGUCCCUGCUCCUGCCAAUCUAGUAGUUUGAAAGCACAAAAGUGUAAGUAGAUAAAUAGGUACCACUCCGGUGGGAAGGUAAGCGGCGUUUCCGUGCGCUGCUCUGGUUCUCCAGAAGUGGCUUAGUCAUGCUGGCCACAUGACCCUGAAGCUGUAUGAAGGCUCCCUUGGCCAAUAAAGCGAGAUGAGUGCCACGACCCCAGAGUCGGCCACAACUGGACCUAAUGGUCAGGGGUCCCUUUACCUUUACCUUUAUUCCCCUCUCAGAGCUACAAUUCCCAGAGUUUCCUUUGAAGAAGGAUUGGUUGUGAAACUCUGGGAACCGUAAUUCCUGGAGGGGAAGAGGGGGUCUCCUAACAACUCCCAGGGCCCUUAACAAACUACAGUUCCAGGAAUUAUUUGGGGGGAGCCAUGGCUGCUUAAAGUGGCAUCACAGUGUUGUGGAUGCGGCCAUGGAAAGCCCCGAAUGAGGGUCGCCCCAUCCUGUUGAUUAUCCUCAUUUUCCUUUUCCUCCCCACCAGGCUCUGAGCGCCGUGUGAGAACCCCGAUGCAGAUCCACCUCUGGCCUCGGAUACCCCGGCGGGACGGAAAACCCCGGAAGCCUCAUCCACCUAGCGGAUCGUCUCUGGCGGGCGGCCUGACGUGGUCCUCGCUUGCCUUGCGGCCUCCAGCCUGCCAACUAAACAUUCCUUCCAAUUAUGUAUUUAAAAAAAUGAAAGGACUCUGGGUUUGCACCCAACCGCAGGACCCCACUUCCAAACAACCCCCGUCCCCAUCCACCUAGUUCAGGCUAAGCUGUUGGCCUAUUGCUUGAACUCGUGUCUCCAACAUGUGGAGCAUUAAUGUAGAGCCUUCAGGCGCUUGCCUGCUUCCUUUUUAACACCCCCACCCUGAAAAUGCUGUAUUUAUAACUGACAAUGUAUCUCCCUUUAAAGUGGUUGCCAUCUAGUUUGGAAGGACCAGGCACAAUGGUUUGACGCUCUGCCUUUCAAGGGGGCAUGGGGAUUGGCAUUGGGUGGGGUGGGAGCUGGCAUAGUUGGAUAUGUUUUCUCUGCUCCCCCCCCCCCUUUUCCCUUGCCUCGCUCCCCCUUGCCCCCCACCUCCAUGGAAUGCCCACACCUCUUUCCUCCUUGCCUGGUCAGGUGGUUUUGGUCACCUGCCCCGACUCCUGAGCCCAUCAAUGGGGUCUCUUCGCGGCGUUUUAAUUGGCUGAGCGCAAAAAGACCAAAGUUGUCUGUAGAGAACCGUUAACCUCUUUCUAUAGUAAACGGACUCAAAUAAAACUUAAGUAUUGUUUUCUUAAGGGGUGGGUGGGUGAGCGUUUGAGAUAAGCCCCCCCUCUCUUUUCCAUAUGAUCAGGGUGCCUUGCUUAUUAUGAUCUUUCUGGGCCCUAACAUCAGCUGGCGUCUCGAGCGAAACAUUUCCAACGGCUCAUCAUCACCUCGGCACCCAAAUUGCGGCUCUAAAUCAUGUUUCUUCUUUGGGGGUGGACCUAGAAAUUAAGUGGGCCUCUUCCCCUCUCCCCAGUUACUAAAAGACCUAGUCCCAUCAGCAUUCAAGGCCUCAGCAGUAGCACCUGCCUUUGUGGGAAGAGUUAAAGGGAUUUCUUAAGAGUCACAGAAUUGUUGGUCCUUGAGUUCUUUCGGUACGACAACUUCCAUCAUCGCUGGCAGUGCCUGCUGAGGCUGAUGGGAGUUCAGCUGCAGCUGGGUUGGGGGCAUUCAGCUUACCCACACGUGUCUUAAGAACUGCUGGGUUGGGGUCCGAGGAUCUUUUUAUCUUGUUUUAGAGCAGGUUUUCCCAAACAUGGGUCUCCAGCAGUUUGGGGACCUCAGUUCCCAUCACCCCAUCACCACUGGUCCUGCUAGGUAGGGGUGGUGGGAGUUGCAGUCCCAAAACAGCUGGAGGAAGUUGAGGUAACCCUGUUUUAGAGCUCUGCUCAUGCAUCUGGUUCCCUCCCUCUUAGCAAUAUGUAUUAGUGUCAGGUAUCUAUGGCCUUCCAGUUGUUGUGAGGUGCUCAACAGCCAACAUGACUGUCACCUCUGCAAGAACUCUAGACCAGUUGCCCAUCUCGGACCAUUUAUAUGUGCUUGCAAAAUGUCUGUUUUCAAAGGUGGUCUUGGGCUUGGAGGGGGGAAUCUGUUAAUAUCAGCCUGUGCUUGAAAAUCACCUGAAAUCUGCCCUCUGAUACAAGAAAGGUUUGCCCAAAGUGUUGAGUUGGCUUUGUUCUCCCCUUUUUAAAAAAAUGUUGUGAAGGUGGAACAGUGCAUGUAUAGAACGGGGCAGAGAGAGACAUUAUUUCCCCUUUAGGGCAUUUGCUCUGUCUAAAGCAGAGGAGAGGGAGGCUUUCCACAUGCUGUUGAACUCCCAUCCCUGUCAGUUGCAGCCAGCGAGGGCCAGCAAUCAGUUGGGUGAUGGCAUUUGUGGCAGCAACAUCUCAAGGAGCGCAGGUUCCUCCUCCCUGCCUUGUAUACCUCCACCCCCAUCGUUCACUGAGGUCCAGGGCCUUCUGGCGGUUCCCUCCCUGCAAGAAGUGAGGUUACAGGGAACCAGGCAGAGGACCUUCUCAGUAGUGAUGCCUGCCCUGUGGAAUGCCCCCCCCAUCAGAUGUCAAGGCAAUAAGCAACUAUCACUUUUAAAAGACACCUGAAGGCAGCCCUCUUUAGGGAAGUUUUAAAUGUUUAAUGCUGUAUUGUGUUUUAAUAUUCUGUUGGGAGCCGCCCAGAGUCGCUGAGGAAACCCAGCCAGAUGGGCGGGGUAUAAAUACUAAAUAAAUAUUAUUAUUGCAAGUUGCCGUGAAUGGAGGACUUGUGGCCUUCCUUUUAUUGCUGGACUCUAGCUCCCAUCAUUCCCAGCAACCUGGGCCCAGUGGUCAUGGAUGAUGGGAGUUGUAGUCCAGCAACAUCUGAGAGGCUCACAGGGCCAGCAGCAGGAGAAGCUUCCCCUCCUCCCAAAAACCCCAGCCUUUUUUCUAUUCUGUUUACACUAGAACUUGGUAGUACAUGUAGAGCUAACUUAAUAAGAAUCUCAUUACUUGC